CUUUAUGAAGUCCGUCUCGAGUUAAAGGAGAGCUGUUUGAAGGUUGACUUUACCUUUCAUGCGAUGAACACAACCAAAUCAAGUGUAUUACUGACUGGUUUCUGGAUGUGCGCAAAGUAUGAAGUGUCCGUUAGAGGUUACACUGUGGCAGGGCCUGGACCCUAUAGCAAAGCUAUAGUCGCUCAAACAAAAAGUAGGUUGGAAAAGUGAAACUAAUGAUCUGUUGCAGAGUUUUCAUCAAGUUAUAUAAUUUUUUUUGUGUCCCGUACCUUUUCCUUAUCCUAAACCUUAACAAACACGGCAAAGUGUUCAGCAUUUUCGUUGCCUGCUUCCCAAUGACAUAGUGUAGCCAGAUUACUAACCUAUUGAGUUUUUAUUUUCAAUGUGGGUGUAAGUUCGGUCCUUUCUUUUGCUUGCACAGGUUUGAAAUUAUCCCAAACGUGGUCAAAAGAAACACCAUCUCCACCUUCCUUCUCUCAGAUUCCAAGUGGAGAAGGCAUAACAGCAAACAUAACAUUACCACGCUUUCCAGGGAAUGCAAAGUAUGAGCCCUUUUAUUUAACUCUUUUUUCUUUUUUAAGUGAAGAAUUUGCAAAUCUUCUAAGCUUUAUGCGGAAUUAAUGAACAUCCUUCUUCACAGGUUCUUUCAAGUCAUUGUUAUAAGAUACAGCUUGGACUAUACUGGUGUGGUUAACUCACCUGAGAAUUUUACACCGAAGGAUUUAAUGACGUAUGAAGAGGCCCACAAAUCUCCGGUUCCUGCAGCGUAUGUCACUUUUCAGUUUAGAGGGCAGGACUUUGAUGUGUUCCGAAAAUUUGUUGUUGGAGAUGGAGGACAUUCAAGCGGUAAUCCAAGAAAUAGGAGAGGCAGUGAUGGGGGGGUCUUUCUAAACAAACCACUCCAGCCAAAUACCAAUUACAGAGUGUUUCUCAGAGCUUUUAUAGAGAAGGUAAAGUGACGAACGUCCUCUUUUGAAAAUGCAAAUUUAUAGGACAAAAUUCAAUCUCGCAUUACAUUCAACCAUCGCUUAGCAAGUUACGUGCCACUUUUCAGCCAAUCAGUCAGUCAAUCGGUCCGUCAGAUGUAUUCUUCAUUGACGCCUUUGAUUUCAAUUGCACGAUGGGGAACAAGUAAAGAUACUUUGGGUACAGAAAAAAAUCUUAGAGUUUUAUGGAUGAUUUCUUUCUUCCUGCUUUUUUUAUUGCAGAUGGUGUACUUUUCUAGUAACUUCGUAACGAUUGAAACCAAAGGUAAAGUUCAUAGAAUUCGUUUGUCACUGAAACGACAAAUUUUCAACCAACUCGAACAAAUAAAUUAUUUAUUGUUUAUGUCAAUGAACAGCUACUUCAACAACCCUUUAGGCAAUAAAUCACGGAGUACUAGUUUCUUUAUUUUCUCUGAGAGACGUCCCGUUUGUUAGGCUCUCGCAUUCAAAUUCAUUGAGACCCUUAUUUCAUAUGCCCUUUAAAAGGUAGAUCCCGGGUAAUUUCUUUUUCUCUCUGAGAAAAGGAUCCUUCCGUUUUGUUAUUGUUGUAAAAACUGCCGCUAACUUAGUGAAAUUCUACCAGGCGAGCCCGCCGUCAAAGACCUACCGGAAAGAACCAUUUUUCAAGUUGGCGAUGUGGUAGUAUUAACAUGUGAGGCUACUGGAGAUCCUAAGCCUUCUGUUACAUGGAGUAAAGAUGGAAAUACCAGUAUACCACGGGCUCAGUUCAGAAACGAUGACCACAUUCUUGUCAUUCAAGAGGUCGCACCUAGUGACGGAGGCAUUUAUGAAUGCAGAGCAUCAAACAUUUUUGGCCAACGCCGAACAGCUACAGCAGUGAUCAUUGCUGGUAAGUAUCAUCAACCGUGGUAUGACUGGCCACAAAAUGAAAUUUUUCCUUUACGCGAGCAGAAGCUAAAUACGAUUGAUGUCAGAUUUCAUGAAUGAAAUAUUCGAACCUAGGACCCCAUGAACUUUCAAAUUAUGGGUAGAAAUUAUGCUUCUCAGCUUUCAGAAAGUAUUGGAAGUUUUUUUUAUUAGACGUUCUCCUGCAAACGCCACCUACUCUUAUUUUUUGGCUAUAUGAAAGAUGCUGAAUCUUACCUUCUUUUUAAACUCAGUGCCACCCAGCAUCAUGAAAGACGUUUCCCCUAGAUCAGUUCUAUGUGCGAAGGAAACUUCAUGUUCUUUGCUAUGCCACGCGACUAGUGACAUUCUAUUUAACUACUCUUGGACAAGGAAUGGCCAGGCUUUAGAUGGCCAUAACAUCAAGGUCAUGAACAACAGUGCUAUUAUCACUCCUCUUGAUGAUCAAGACUUUGGAGAUUAUGUCUGUCACGCCACGAACUCAUUUGGAUCUACAACUUACAAAAUAACUUUGUCAGAAAGCAGAAAGGAAGAAAAUAGUAAGUGUUGUCAAUGUUAAACGCUUUCAACGUUCAAGAAACAAUUGAUCCUUUAUAGUUAUAUCUGAUUGCGUAGGUAGUGUCUACGGAUACUUAACUACUUCCACAGUGAGAUAUGAGAUGAUCGUACGAAAUAAGAGUCAUGGCGAAAUUAUAAACGUUUGUAUUGGAAUAUUUACAACCGAUGUUAGGAAUAUAAAAUACAAUCACAUUCUCAAUAAAAAUAUAUCUCACCUUACUUCCACAAUGUAUCGCUUGUUAUCUGACCGCUCACUACGUUGAAAAGAACCCAUUUUAGCGAGUUAUCCAUUUCUAGGUUACUACGUACAUAAGAGAAGCCCAAAGGCUGCACACUCCAUCUCCGGACGCCUGAGCCGAGAAGCGGAAAAUCCAAGCUCAAAAUGACCGGGCGGCCACAAACCCAUCACAGAAUCCAAGCACAUAUACUGUAGUUUCAUUUCAAUUCACUAAAAACUAAACUCAAUCUUCUCCGUGAAACCGACGCUAAGCCGCAGUUUGCCUCAAAAAUUUCUAGUUUACACGUUUCUAACGGCCCGCGUACAUAGUCACCCUGAUACACGACCGUUGAACACUGGCAUGAUAACCCUGCCUUAUUUGCAAAUUGUGCCUUGCCGGGAACCACACCGUCACUUGACACCCGUGGUUCUAAAACAAUUUGUAGAUGAUAGGUGACAGUGAGGCGAGGCUCAAAUUGAAAAGAAGGCAGGGUUAGAAAACUGGAAAUUUUUGAAGAGAAAUGCUGUUUAGCGUCGGUUUCACAAGGAAGAUUGAGUCUUUAGUGAAUUGAAAUUAAACUACAGUAUAUGUGCUUAGAUUCUGCGAUGGAUUUGUGGCCGCCCAGUCCUUUUGAGCUUGGAUUUUUCGCUUUUCGGAUCGGGCGUUUGGAAAUGGAGUGUGCAGCCUUAGGCUUCUCUUAUGUACGUGGUAAAUCUAGAAAAGGAUAACUCGCCAAAGUGGGCUCUUUUCAACAUAAUAAGCGGUCAAAUAACAAGCGAUGCACUGUGGAGGUAAGGUAAGGUAUUUUUGUUGAGAAUUUCAUUGUAUUUUUUAUUCCUAAGAGCGGUGGCAGGAAUGGGCUCCUGGCGGUCGUUAAUAUUCCCCUACAACCUUCAUAAUUUCGCCAUGACUCUUAUUUUGCAAGAUGAUCAUCUCACAGCUAGAGCUUGAGCCGCCUGUGCUAUGUCAAACAAGUUUUGCAUGAAACGUUAAAGGAGGCUCUUCAGGGUUUUUUGACCGCGCGAAAUCUGGGUGCGAACACCAGCUUUAAAAGUGUCAACAUGCAAGACAAACAUGGCGGCUCAAUACGAUCACAGUUUAACCCAAUACAGUUUUUUUGUGAUGGAAUCUGUAAUUUUCAGCAACUGCACCCGUAAUAUUCAUAGGCCUUAUACGCCUGAAAAAAAGAGGUCAAUUAAACAGAAAACACCGUGGGAAAGAUUGCUAAAAGGCGACGGAAUCGAAAGUUUACGAAUGCUCAGAUACAGAUUAUGGCGAAGUUCUAUUCCAUUACGUAAUGUUCUGCGACAAAGAAAAUAGGGAUCUUUCAAGCAAGAUUUAUUGUGUUUCCAUCGGUGGAAUUUCUUAAGAUUUUCUAGAGCCUCUUGAUAAAAAAAAAGUUCGUAAGGCUAAAUUUGAAAUAACGGAAGAAAACACAAAAUUGCAAGUAGCAAAGAAACAUCCUUUGUAACCCCUCUUUUUUUCGACUUUUAAAUGAUCGCCAGGACAUAUUUUGCAAAUUGUGUAAAUUUUUAAGAGAUUUCAGCGGGGCAAACUGAAGAAAAUCAAAGGCAAAGCCAAAUUAUCACGAGCGCCUCCCUUCGUGAAGCCUUAGCUAAAUAACGAAAAUCAUUUUGAUAAUAUUUAUUUAAGCAAACGAUAUUCCGAACCUUGCUUAUCGCCUUUUGAUGACAUUUAGUGACAUAGAAAAGCGAAAUCAUAAAAAUUUUUAAGCAAAUAUUACGCUGGCGUGCACACCAACAUUGACAAAAAACCCUGUGGAGCCUCCUCAAUUUGAAAUUAAAUUAUAUUUUUUUUGUUUCUUAUCUUUUAGUGUAUUACCAGAGGAACCUACAGAGGGCCAAAAUCUAAGCAAAUGCGUUUAAAAACGAAAAAAAAAAGAUAAAACGAAACGAUUAAGAGGCAAAAUACUUAAUAAGUGUAAAAAUGACAAGGACUAAUGACAAAACAAAAAUAAAAAAACAACAACAACAACAAACAAACAAAACAAUAAAAAAACAAGACGUUGGGCCAUCAUUUACAAUUAAUUUAGAUUAGAACACUAGGAUCAAAUAAUGCCAACCUCUAUGCCACUUAUAACUUUAGAAUUGCCUUUUUUACUCAAUUUGAAUUUCGUUUUGACUUAUUUUUAACGAAGAAGGGUUUGAUUUUUUUUUUAUUAUGUUUCAUAAUAAUCAAUGAUGUGAUUUCGAGGGAUUUGUUUCACUCAGUGUACCUCUAUUUAUCUGUAUAUUUUCUUUUCUUUUUGAACAGAUGUACAGAGCAUCUUUCAGGCCAGUGACAUUGCGUGGUCAUGCAUUGUUUUUGUGUUGCUUUUUUUUAUUGGUGUAUUGAUAUGGAGGCUUAAAAGAGCUCAGGCGAGCAACAGACCAGCGACUGCUAAGAAAUCCACCGGUAGAGAUACUGUCCAGUCUGUCUUUCCGCUUGAGCAGCAUGCGUCAGAACCAGGGUCAUAUAUGGAGCUACGCCCCAGGCCUUCGCAAGGACAAACACGAGUCCCCCCUGAAUACCAAUCCUUACAAGGGAGCCACGUGAACGCUGGGUAUUACAACGUAGUUCCCAAGGAAGGAAACAAGAGGGGAUCAAAUGAAGAAAUAUAUGAGGAAAUAGAACUUUCUGAUUGUUGA